UCGAUAACCCACAUUUUUCAUGCGAAGUGUACGUAAUUGUCACCAGGAAGAAAGCUUGGUGAUCAAUGCAUAUAAUUAUCAUAGCGAUAUCUACUAAACACACUACUUUCUCGAGACCAAACAUAGGGGCGACCCGCAGCUUUUUAAUUUCAAGAGUCUACGCAAUGUCACUUCAUUCUCGUUCCGAUCACGACGCAGAAACGAUGGGUUCCCUCAUCAUCAUUUUAAUAGUCGUCACCGUAUAUUGCAGUGAGACGCAAUGUCGCACAUCUCCAAACUUGAAAAUUGCAGUUACUAAACCUGAAGACGCUGGACUCGUUGAAAAAAACAAUACUCAUGCGAUCGAGAAGGGAAUCUUCUGGAAAAAUCUCGAUCUACCUAAUCACAAACCGAUGCGUAUUGAAGAGUCAAGGAGUCUGAACAACAAGACGAAUAAUAGAAAGUCACGACUUCUAGGUAGCUUAGCCUUUUUAGCUGGUCUCGGCUUCGGAGGAUUAGCUAGCGCAGCGUCCUCCACUGCCAAGACCAUCGCCAAAUUGCCAGAGACGUCCUUUAACUUAAACAUAGGUUCUAAAGGUUCACCUUACCUCGCUUAUUACAAUCCUUAUUCCCUGCUACCUUAUCCAUUCUUCUUUCCUGGUCCCAUCGGAUUCGCGCCGAUGAUCAAUGUGGCGAAACCUCAAUCGACAUCGCAUAACGAUCUAAUGCCGCAAGUGAUCAGCGUGUUUGACAAUAGACAGUCGAUCGAUCUCGCGGAGGAUAACGAAGAGUACCUAGAUGAAGAGAAGAAGAAGUCUAAAAACGACAAGAACACGGACAACGGCGAGGAUGAUCGCAUAGAAUUGCGAGCCAAAGUCGAUCGGAACGCGGAAGAGAAGAUACACGGGUGCAAAGAGAACCAGCAAAAAUACGGCAAUUCCUUCAAAGGAUCGACCAGAGAGCGUGAAGAUCUCCAAGUGGAUGCCGACGAUUCGCAAGCAACCUUGGAUUUUCAAACUGUAAAUAUGACCGCCGCUGACAGGAAUCAGACCGUGAUAGAAAAUGCAACUAUGGCUUUGACAACAAGUCCACCUAGGAUCAUCUUCGGAUCAUUGAAAAACGAUACGUUCCAUUUUUUUCAUCAUCAUCAUUAUAAUUCCAGUUAUUAUACAGAACAUCCGCCCUAUUCGGGAUAUUACGGUGGGUAUCCGCAGAACGUAAAUCACGUAGACCUCACGACAGGUUUGAACCCUCAUUAUGAUAAUCAGAUUAAUUACAAUUUACCGCAUGAGCAACCAGCGAAUUUUUAUCACAAUGACAAGUAUUAUACUUACUCUAAUCUUAAUCCGCCCUUUUCUGGACCAUUCUCGCCCGAUCAAGUAAACGAAUAUACCGGCCCGGAUGUUAAUCGAUUACUACACCAUCAUUCACCGGAAUAUCAGACGUAUAAUAACGGUUUUAAACCUGUAACAUAAGUCGUGUUCUCUUUUUAUAUUCAUUAAAUUCUAAUUCGAAUUGUGUAAAGUAUAGAUCGUACCUGGUGCACUUGUAAAAAAUUAAAAAAUCUUUGUUAUACACUUAUUAUUCUAUUAUUUAAAUCUACGAGACAAAUAAGAUCUACGAGAAAUCUUAAGUUAAUAUAAAGAUACGAAGAUUUGUAAUAUAUUUAAAACAUAGUGCAA